AUGGACAAGGAUACGCCACCAAAUACAAGGUCCCUACUCUUGGAGCUGCUGCUGGAAGACGUGAAAGAUAAUAUCGACAGGUCUGAAGCUCAACUGCUACCGAAGGAUACAAACCAAACAGCCAGCAGGCUAGAAGAACUAGAGCCCGACAGGAGAGUGGCUCUACUUAUAUGGAAAUCCGAAAUCGAAAGACAAAGAGACAUAUUGAGUGACUUUAAGUUGACCACACCUCUGUCACUAGGAAAGGAGGUAGAAGACGCCCCUUUACCCAAAGAAACAAAGACAUUCGCCAAAUUUAUAUCUAUUGCGAUCCAAAAGCUAGUCCACGCUCUCAAGAAAAUAAUGCGUUCUAUCAAAGUCCUGAACCCGGCCGAAUCCUCCCAGCCUGAGACCUGCACUUCCUGUAGAGAAGUCCGCAGCGAAAUCUUCAAAACACAAUGCUCCCACUUCUAUUGCAAGGACUGCUUAAUCCGCAUGGUCACGAAAUCCCUGCAAGAUGAAUCCAUGUUCCCUCCUCAAUGCUGCCACAAGCCAAUCGAAGGUUCGGACAUGAAGAAGAUGAUAGGAUCUGCAUUGGUUCAAGAACAAAAGAAAAGGGCAACUGAGCUCAACGAUCCAGACCGAACCUACUGUUCAGAUUUAACCUGCUCUCGAUAUAUCUCGCCAACCAUAGGAUUUUGGCUCGCGUUUACUUCGAAAACGGUUGGCACCUGCAGGUGUGGCGUACAAACGUGUAGGAAGUGCAAGGGGAGUGCCCAUAGGGGCAAGUGUCUAGCUCCACUAGACAAAUCAUUGGAGAAAUUGAUAAAGCGGAAGAAAUGGAAACGGUGCAAGAAAUGCGGCCGUAUUAUUGAGCUCAACGAGGGCUGUGCUCAUAUCACGAGACCAACAACCCACAAAAGAAAAUACAAACAAGACAAGGACUCAACCUGGAUAAAAUCCUGGAAGAAGGAUCAGCAUGAGCAACGUCAGUAUGGGUACAGCUAUAUACAGAAGAUGACUUGUCGAAGUACGGGAAAAAAAAGAACCUCAUCCAAUUCCCUCCGUGUCGAAAUCCAGCAACUUGGCAAUUCCAUCGAAAAUGCCAUCAACUUGAUCGAUUCCCCGAAAUCCGAGGUUGGACAUGAGUGUGUCUCCUGUCGGGACAACCACCCCCAAGAUGAAAUGAUCAAAACGAAGUGCUCACACUAUUACUGCAAGGCAUGUCUGGUCCGCCUGUUCAAAAAUGCUUUGCGUGAUGAAUCCUCAUUUCCUCCCCAAUGCUGCAAAAAGCCAAUUGCGGCGUCGGAGAAGAUGCUAGGAUCUGCAUUGGUUCAAAAGCACAAGGAGAAGACGAUCGAACUCAACGAUCCAGACCGAACCUACUGUUCUGAUUCAAAGUGCGCUCAAUAUCUCCCCCGAAAGCCCACCCGUAAUCGUGUUUGCAAAUGCACGAGCUGUGGAUUACGCACAUGCAGGAAGUGCAAAAAGCGCGAUCAUCAGGGAACUUGUGUAUAUAAGCUUGAUGCGCUUCUGGAGGAAUUGGCGGAUUCCAAGCAGUGGCAACGGUGCUCUAAUUGCAGUCGGCUGAUUGAGCUCAGCACAGGCUGUUAUCACAUCACGUCUUUGGACUCACAUCUACUAGGUGCUUUUGCAAGUACGAAUUUUGUUAUUUUUGUGGGAAACAGUGGAAGACGUGCGGUUGUAGCUUCGCAGACGAAGAUAAUCUUUACGAACGAGAUGCGUGAACUAGCCAAUCCAAGGGAGCGCUCCAGGUUUGCCUUGGAGCGAGCAGGAUAA